CUUUUUCUACUUCCGGGAAGUACGUCAUGUGGUUGAAUAACAUAGCAAGCUAGCGAACAGGCGUAAAUAAAUGUUUGAAUCCCAUAGAAAUAAUGAGCACCUCAAUUCAUUAUAUAGCCAAUUGCUGAUCGAUCAGUUAUGGCAGCGUCUUUGUUGCACCACCGUUUUAGUGUGUGUCGGAAAUAUACUAGAGGUUUAGCGUGGACUUGGUCAAGGCACAACUGUCACAUAUUAGCCAACAAGGCGACCUCCAGCGACACUGUCCUCAAUGUGCUUCUACGAUGCAACAGUGCAAGAAAGAUGAUUGUUGGAAUAUCCAAGAGGACUCUAACUGGGAAGCCUUGGAAUAUAAUCCAGCAACUUCUGUACAGACCACUCCCUCCUGGCAUGGUUGGCAUCAGCAAAGAGUUAAUCAGGAGCAACCUGCUGAAAAAUCCUGUUGGCUUGGCAAAUUUACUUGGGGCAACAGACUUCUUCUGUACAUCGCAGUCUAAACAAACAGAAAAGAAAAGUAAUGGGCUGAAAGGGAAAACACCAGAGGAAGAUGAAGAGGAGAAGAAACGCCGUGAACAGAAGGACCAGAUGCACCGAGAGCGCUUGCGAAUCCUUUUAUUCGUAGGCAUCAUCUCGCUGGUGAUAAAUUUCAUAAACACCAGCGGUGGUAACAUCUCUUGGAACGACUUUGUCAACGAGAUGUUGGCGAAAGGAGAGGUGUCGCGUGUGCUGGUGGUGCCUGAGAGCGACAUUGUCGAAAUUUACCUUCACCCUGGGGCAGUUAUCUUCGGGAGGCCUAGGAUUGCGCUCAUGUAUCGGAUGCAGGUCGCCAACAUUGACAAAUUUGAGGAGAAACUGAGAGCAGCUGAGGAAGAGCUGAAUAUUGAUACAAAGGACCGGAUACCUGUCUCCUACAAACGUACUGGAUUCUUUGGAAAUGCUUUAUAUGCCCUUGGAAUGGCGGCCAUCGGCGUGGCUAUUCUGUGGUAUAUCUUUCGUCUGGCGGGCAUGGGUGGCAGAGAGGGUGGCUUCAGUGCAUUUAAUCAGCUAAAGAUGGCUAAAUUCACCAUUGUGGACGGAAAGUCGGGGAAAGGCGUGAGCUUUAAAGAUGUAGCAGGCAUGCAUGAGGCAAAGAUGGAAGUUAAAGAAUUUGUUGACUACCUCAAGAAUCCUGAACGAUACCUCCUUCUGGGAGCCAAGGUUCCAAAGGGGGCACUGCUGCUCGGCCCUCCGGGGUGUGGAAAGACUCUACUGGCAAAAGCUGUCGCCACAGAGGCUCAGGUGCCAUUCCUGGCAAUGGCAGGUUCUGAAUUUGUCGAGGUCAUAGGAGGUCUCGGUGCUGCCAGGGUGAGGAGCUUAUUCAAAGAGGCUCGUGCUCGUGCUCCCUGCAUUGUCUACAUCGAUGAGAUUGAUGCUGUCGGGAAGAAGCGCUCCACCAACAUGUCAGGCUUCUCCAACACAGAAGAGGAGCAGACUCUCAACCAGUUGCUGGUGGAGAUGGACGGGAUGGGAACAACAGACCAUGUGAUUGUCCUUGCGUCCACUAACAGAGCAGACAUUUUGGACAAUGCUUUGAUGAGACCUGGAAGGUUGGACCGGCAUGUUUUCAUUGAUCUUCCAACCUUGCAGGAAAGGAUGGAAAUAUACGAGCAACAUCUGAAGAUCUUGAAGCUAACUCAACCUGCAAACUUCUACUCAUUGCGUUUAGCGGAACUCACCCCUGGAUUCAGCGGUGCUGACAUUGCUAACAUAUGUAAUGAAGCUGCCCUGCAUGCCGCCAGAGAGGGGCGCAAGUCAAUUGAUACUUUCAACUUUGAGUAUGCAGUAGAGAGAGUAAUCGCAGGAAGUGUAAAGAAGAGUAAGAUCCUUUCCAAAGAGGAGCGGAGGGUGGUCGCCUUCCACGAAUCGGGGCAUGCUUUAGUCGGGUGGCUGCUUGAGCACACGGAGGCGGUCAUGAAGGUGUCCAUUGCCCCUCGGACAAACGCAGCCCUUGGAUUUGCCCAGAUCCUGCCUCGUGAUCAAUUCCUAUUCACCAAGGAGCAGCUGUUUGAGCGCAUGUGCAUGGCUCUUGGAGGAAGAGCUGCAGAAGCCAUCACCUUUAACAAAGUUACAACAGGAGCGCAGGAUGAUCUACGUAAGGUGACCCGCGUGGCCUACUCCAUGGUGAAGCAGUACGGCAUGUGUAACAGUGUCGGUCAGGUGUCGUUCCCUGAAGCGGAGCAGCAGGGCGCUGUUGGGCGCCGACCUUUCAGCCAAGGACUGCAGCAGCAGAUGGAUCAUGAGGCUAAGAUGUUGAUAGCUCGUGCAUACCGUCACACAGAGAAGCUGCUGUUGGACAACAGAGACAAGCUAACAGUGUUGGCCAAUGCUCUAUUGGAGCGGGAGGUGGUGAACUACGAUGACAUCGAGGCUUUGCUGGGUCCUCCACCGCACGGACCGAAGAAGAUGAUUUUGCCACAGAGCUGGGUGGAAGCCGAGCGGGACAAGCAAGACUCGGGAGAAGACGAACCACAGCCACCUUCACGCAGACGCGGUGAAGAAGACAUGAAUCCAGACUUGGUCUGAAGUAGGCAUCAGAUUUCUUUUUGGGAUGACAUUGUCAUGUCAUGAAAGUUUGGAUGGAGUUCAGACCUUCAGUGGAAAUGCAGGUCUGUUCCAGCCCAAUGUGUGUGAAUUACAGGUGAAGAAAGAAAGCUGUAGGUUUGUUGGAAACCAUCACUACUCUUCUACACAGUGUUUGUAACUUAGCUUACAUACGAAAAGGCUUUUUGUUGGCAUUGGUCUUUUUUGGAGAACUCCUGCACUUUUAAUGUAUGCUAAUGCAAUAACAUCUGCAUUGUGUUUUGGCAAUAAAAUGAAUUGCAUUGAAUGAAAUAA